AUGUUUUACAAACACACGACAACAACCCUUCCGGAAUUGUUCCAAAAACACGGAAACAAUGUUCAGAUUCUAGCGAGUUUGUUUUAUUCUGAUUUUUUGUGUUUUUAUUUUUGUCAUGUGUUUGGAAGUUGUCUACUUUCAGAACAAACAAAUACACACUAUUGUUUUUGUGUACCAGGCUUUCAAGGGGAUGGAGUUGACAAAUGCGAAAGUUCUGAGGAGUGUAGUCCAACAAACAUUCAGGCUUGCCCACACCCCAAUCAAGAAUGUGUUUUUGAACAUUCUCUUCGCAAAUUUGCUUGUCAAUGCAAAAAUGGGUUUAUAAAACAAGCAGACGGAAAGUGUCUUUUCGAACCAACAGAACCUCCACCUUCUUCUGUUGAUCGUUGCAAACAAUGCGGGGCUAAUUCACAAUGUGUUAAACAACUUUUGGGAGGGGGAAAAGAAGAAUUUAUUUGGAAUUGUAUUUGUAACCCUGGAUUUACUGGGAAUGGUUUUGAAUGUAGAGAAGAAAAUUGUUUGGAUCGUCCACAAAUGUGUAGCCCUAAUGCUCAGUGUUUACCUGAUGGCCAAAAAGCUUCUUAUUUGUGUGUUUGUAAUUAUGGAUUUAAUGGGGAUGGAAAGAUUUGUGAACGUAUGUUUUUAUUUUAUUCUGAUUUGUUUUUAGUUUAUUCUGGUUUGUUUUAA